AUGGCGCCGAAGAAGGAUAAAGCUCCCCCACCGUCCUCCAAGCCCGCCAAGUCCGGCGGCGGCAAGCAGAAGAAGAAGAAGUGGAGCAAGGGAAAGCAAAAGGAAAAGGUGAACAACAUGGUGCUGUUCGACAAGGCCACCUACGAUAAGCUUUUGUCUGAGGCUCCUAAGUACAAGCUCAUUACCCCAUCCGUUCUUUCCGACCGUCUCAGGAUUAGUGGAUCCCUUGCAAGGAAGGCUAUUAGGGAAUUGAUGGCCAGAGGGUCUAUCAGGAUGGUUUCUGCUCAUGCAAGCCAGCAGAUAUACACCAGGGCUACUAACACUUGA